AUGGUCGCCGUUAGAGGCUCCGUCGUGCUAAUGCUUACAGCAUUCGUUUGGGGGUUCAAUUCCUUGGACGACUCAUUCACUUUGCCCAAAUACUCUAUACAGUAUGUGAGCCCAACGAUUUUCCAACGGACAAUAUUGAAUAAUAAUGCUAUGUUAGAGAAUGGCGAGCUUGUCGACCUGGGAAAUAGCGGCGCUAAAACAUGUUAUAAACCACAUAUACGGCCGGAGGAGGUUGCUUCAGACUCUUGCCAAUUAGAACUUCUGGCUCAAGAAGAAUUGCAACAAAGCACUAAAAUUAUACAAGAGAGCUUGGAGGGCCAGUGUUUCAAUUACUUUAGCGGAAUCUGGAGGUACACAUAUUGUCACGGCCAGAGUAUCACUCAGGAUCAAAAUAUGCCGGCCCAAGAAGUAGGUCUGCAUUUCCUCUUGGGUCAAUUAGCAGAUGAGGGCCUACAAGAGCCGCAAAUGCUAAACGACGUAACAGGUUACUACGUUAGUGAGCGUGCGGUAAACGGAGACAUGUGCACUGAGAUUCAUGCGGGUCGUGAGGUGGAAGUAAAGUAUGUGUGUGACUCGGGCUCCAGCCAAGCGUUUAUAUCAGACGUAAAAGAAGUGAUGUUGUGCCACUAUGUGAUGACCAUCGCAAUUCCCAAUUUGUGUCAUCUUCAGCUUCUCUCUGCUGGUGAAAGCAAGAAAUCUGCUCACCCCAUAGUUUGCGCCGACAGUAAUCCGGUUAAUCCGUUAACAACAUCUCGCUUCCAGCCUUUCUUUCUGGGACAAGGCUUCUAUUUCUUGCAGAAUAGAUAUGGCAGUGGCGUACUGGAUGGUCAGAAUGUAUCAAAGCUCCUCUACAUCGAUGAUGUGAUAUUUUCAGAAGACGAUUCGGGUUUGCAUCCGUCUGAAGACUUGUUUUUGGAAAGAGCUGUCAAAGCAUUUCAAGAACUCACGACCAAAGGAUUACUUGCCGUACCUGGUACGCAGGCCUUUUCCCCUGGCGAUACCCUGUCGUGGGUCAGUGAGGUAGUUGACAAUAAGGGGAACUCAAUUUGCAUCCUCAAGGUGAAAGUCGGUGAAGACGCUGUAGCACAGCUUACUUUUGAUCGUAUGUCCUCCGGAAGCUCGCAUAUCACCGAAAAUGUAAUUCAAUAUACGCGAGCUACCAUCCAAGAACCGAACCUAGUGGAGGACUUUCCUGAAACAAUCGCUGAGAGCUCUCGGCGGGAUAGGACAUUUGAUGUAAAUGUCAAAAAGGAUGCCAAAAUAAUUGAAGAAGAGAGCAUGCAGGCAUUUGCGAAAAAUUUAGCCAUGCAUCUCAAUAUGGCCCGUGGAGAUUCAGAAGAGGAAUUUGAAGUGCAUAUAGGGCCUGCGAUACUGGAUCGUGGGAACAGCGGUCAGACAGACCAUAAGAAACAACCUGUAAACAAGGCUCCGCGGGACAGGGGCAGUCAAAACGAAGUGGAACACGACGAACUUUAG